AUGAAGGUCACAUAUGCAUUAACAGCUUUGAGCUUGCUCGGCGUAACAAUUGCUCUCCCUACUGCAGUUGAUACAAGAGAAGCACAUGGUAUCGAAUCCGCCGUAGAGGCGAAACGGGAUGCAGCACCAGCAGAAGAAGCUACCAACUAUUUCUAUGCUGUUCAGAAAAAGGAUGCUGCACCAGAAGAAGCUACAAAUUUCUUCUAUGCCGUUCAGAAACGAGAUGCCGUACCAGAAGAAGCUUCCAACAUUUUCUAUGCUGUUCAGAAGAAGGAUGCCGAGCCAGAAGAAGCUGCAACCAACUGGUUUUAUGCUGUACAAAAGCGGGAUGCUGUGCCAGAAGAAGCUUCCAACAUUUUCUAUGCUGUUCAGAAGAAGGAUGCCGAGCCAGAAGAAGCGGCGACCAACUGGUUUUAUGCUGUACAAAAGCGGGAUGCUGUGCCAGAAGAAGCUUCCAACAUUUUCUAUGCUGUUCAGAAGAAGGAUGCCGAGCCAGAAGAAGCUGCAACCAACUGGUUCUAUGCUGUGCAAUAG